UCACUCUUCGAGUUGGAGCCGCAUAGUGCAGUUAGGAAAACUUUUGAAGAAUGUAUCGUUCGCAUCAUUCAAGAUCGAUGUUUAGUGAAUUCCGUCCGCGAAGAAGUUGUUACGAGAGAUCGCACAGACUGCUCCAAGAUGACGACUUGGACGAAUACUUGGUUCCACCGACGGUAUGGACACUAUACGAGAAUAAGUUCAAGCCUUCCGAUGCGUACGAUUCGGAGGAAAAUCUCCUGUUGGCUGAAGUUACGGAGGCAAAGCAAGGAUCACCGCUGACGGUGGACAACUAUAAACCGAGGCUGGAGUUGUUGAACCAAAUCGAAGAUGUACACGUGAACUAUGAGUUCCAGGAUUGCUUCGUAGUUGGACCUACCUUGACACCCAGGCCAGAUCUAGUUGAUCGAGAUGUUGGAGGUUUCAAGUGCCAAAUUCCAACGUAUCAGUUGUCCAAAUUUUUAGCUGCAAUAAAGGAAGACGUUGGGGUGCGGUUCAGCAUCGAAGAAUACUCGGAUGAAACUAGAAAGGUCACAGGAACCGUGGACAAAGUGCACAGGGAAUGUGUUACGAUUUUUACAGAAAAGGCACUUCCGUGCCACAGGGUGAUCAAACUUGAGUUUCUUGCCGAGAGAACUACGUUUAAAAUGGAGUAUCGAGCACUUGAGAAUCUACAGCAGAGCGUUAUCGAGAAGGUGUUUUUUGCUAAUUCUUAUACCGGGAACGAAUCGCUUGAUUUUUCCAGCUUUGAAUGGUUCCGUGAAAGUAUCGCUUCAAACGUGGAACAAGUACAGGCCAUUCGGAACAUUGUCAAUCAAACUUCUUUCCCGGCGCCCUACGUUCUGUUUGGUCCACCCGGAACGGGCAAGACAUCCACACUGGUAGAGGCCAUCGGUCAGAUCUACAAACUUCGACCCGCGGCGAAUGUUCUCGCAGUGGCAACGUCGAAUUCGGCCGCCAACGAGCUUACCAGCCGACUGCUGGAAAUCAUUCCCGGAAAAGAUAUCUUUCGCUUCUUUGCCAGGUCCUGUGCGCGCAAAAAGAAAGACAUCGCGCAGGAUGUUUUGUUUGUGUCAAAUCUAAACCGCUGGCAUAUCGGUAUGGACAGCAAGGAGUUUUACGAGGACAUUCGUCCGUGUCGAGUGGUUCUUUGUACCGCAUCUACCGCAGGUCGACUCGUUGGUUCGGAUAUUCCCAAGAACCACUUCAGCUACAUCUUUAUCGAUGAAUGUGGAAGCGCCAAAGAGGUUUCCAGCCUGGUCCCGAUAAUCGGCAUUGGUGUCCACGGCAGUGAAAUUACAGCCAGUAUCGUCCUGGCAGGGGAUCCGAAGCAACUUGGGCCGGUUAUUCCGUACGACUAUCUCAACGAUACAACCCACAGCGUGUCUCUACUGGAGCGUAUCGCGGACAAUGGAUUGUACGCAAAGGAGUAUGAUCCGCAGGUCAUAACGCAACUCAGGGAUAACUUCCGAUCCCAUCCAGCUUUGUUGGAGUUCCCGAAUCUUACGUUUUACGACGGUCAACUUCGGGCGAAAGCUUCUCCCGAAAAGUCUCACUGGGCGGUGGGUUGGGAUCGUCUGCCGAAUCGUACCUUCCCGUUGAUCUUCCACUCCGUCGUUGGCCAGACCAUGCAGCAUAAGAAUUCAUCCAGCAUGUAUAACGAGCUGGAAGCCGAUCAAGUAUUAACGUACGUGGAGAUAAUCGUCAAGAACGGAAUUUGUGGAAAGCAAGUCCAGGAAGGUUCGAUUGGAGUUAUUACUCCGUACGCAAGCCAGGUUCGCCACAUCAAAGAGCUUCUUGAAGAUCACGAUUUGGAUGGAGUCGAAGUCGGUUCAACGGAGCAGUACCAGGGACGCGAAAAGCCCAUCAUGAUCAUGUCCAUGGUUCGAUCCCGCAGCAACAGUGCUGGGUUUCUGAACAACGCUAAACGGAUAAAUGUUUCCCUAACGAGGGCGCAAGCCCUCAUGAUUGUCGUUGGCGAUCCGGAGACGCUGGAAAAGAUCGAUUACUGGAAGGAUUUUAUUCAGUAUUGCCGAAAAAAUGGUGCUUUUAUUCAGAGCAUGGCGAAUUGGCCGCUGACUUGGCGGGUAGCGCCAUUUAGAGUGAAAAAACAUAGCAAAAAAGCACCUAAGAAAUCGGUUAAAACUCCGUUACACACUCAGCGAUUUACUGAGCCUGAACUUGACGUUCAACUUAAAACUGCCGGAAUUCAGUCUAGAUUGCAAAAUCUUGCAAUAACUCAUUCAUUAGAUGAACCAAAAGAUGUAUCGAAAUUGCAGCAAAAAUAA